AUGUCCCGACUUCUCCGACCCGCUGCCCGUCUGGCGCUCUCAUCACGAGCUGCUGCCGUUAAGGCUCCCGCUGCUGCCUCCUUCACCCAGGCUCCCCGAGCUAUCACCACUCCCGUCUUCUUUGGCGCUCAACAGAGCAGGAAGUAUGCUGAGGGUGCUGGUGUAAAGGAGUACACCGUCCGAGAGGCUCUUAAUGAGGCUCUCGCGGAAGAGCUCGAGUCCAACCCCAAGGUCUUCAUCCUGGGUGAGGAGGUUGCUCAGUACAAUGGUGCAUACAAGGUUACCAAAGGUCUUCUGGACCGCUUCGGCGACAAGCGCGUCAUCGAUACCCCCAUCACCGAGUCCGGUUUCUGCGGUCUUGCCAUUGGUGCUGCUUUGAGCGGUCUGCACCCCGUUUGCGAGUUCAUGACCUUCAACUUUGCCAUGCAGGCCAUCGAUCAAAUCGUCAACUCCGCCGGAAAGACCCUCUACAUGUCCGGUGGUAUCCAGCCCUGCAACAUCACAUUCCGUGGCCCGAACGGUUUCGCCGCCGGUGUCGCUGCUCAGCACUCUCAGGACUACUCUGCCUGGUAUGGCAGCGUUCCUGGUCUCAAGGUUGUCUCUCCUUGGAGCGCUGAAGAUGCCAAGGGCCUGCUCAAGGCUGCCAUUCGCGACCCCAACCCCGUCGUCGUCCUCGAGAACGAACUUAUGUACGGCCAGUCCUUCCCCAUGUCCGAGGCUGCCCAGAAGGAUGAUUUCGUCAUUCCUUUUGGUAAGGCCAAGGUUGAGCGUACCGGAAAGGAUCUCACCAUUGUCUCCCUCUCUCGAUGUGUUGGUCAGUCUUUGGUCGCCGCCGAGAACCUGAAGAAGAAUUACGGCAUCGAGGCUGAGGUCAUCAACCUGCGCUCUGUCAAGCCUCUCGAUGUUGAGACCAUCGUCAAGUCCGUUAAGAAGACCCACCGCCUUCUCUCCGUCGAGUCCGGCUUCCCUCACUACGGUGUCGGUUCUGAGAUUCUUGCUCUGACCAUGGAAUACGCUUUCGACUACCUUGAUGCUCCUGCUCAACGUGUCACAGGUGCUGACGUCCCCACACCUUAUGCUCAGAAGCUCGAGGAAAUGAGCUUCCCUACUGAGAAGGUCAUUGAGGACUAUGCUGCCAAACUGCUGCGAGUCUAA